UAACUCAUCUCACCCUUAUUUCACAUGGUUCUUGCGCAUAAUUAAGAUCCAGUACAAUAAACAUACCUGCUGCAGCUUCGACUUCGUCCUUAUACAGCGGUUCAUGGCUUCUGGGUUUCAUGACUACAGCAUCAACAAGAUCUCCAAUGGCUAAUUGCAGCGCGGUUGCAGCUACACUUGGGAGGAGGCUGGAAGGAAAGGUUGCGGUCGUUACUGGCGGAGCUGCCGGGGCCGGCGAGGCAACCGCCAGGCUCUUCGUUCACCAUGGAGCGAAGGUGGUGAUCGCUGACAUCCGAGAUGAGCUGGGCCUUUCCGUCGCGGCCAGCAUCGGCACGGACGACGUGAUCACCUACGUGCACUGCGACGUGGCCAAGGAGGAGGAUGUCGGGAGCGCCGUCGACCUGGCCGUCGCCAAGUAUGGCGGCCUCGACAUCAUGUUCAACAACGCCGCCAUCAUCGACCGCAACCGUCCAAGGAUCACGGACGUCGACAUCGCCGACUUCGACCGGGUGCUGGGCGUGAACGUGACCGGGGUGUUCAACGGGAUAAAGCACGCUGCGCGUGUCAUGGUGGCGGCGGCCGCGGCCGGGCGGCAACGGCGGCACGGGGGGAGCAUCAUCAACAACGGGAGCGUGGGGUCGGUGAUCGGAGGGGUGGCGCCGCACGCGUACAUCGCGUCGAAGCAUGCGGUGGUGGGGCUGACGAGGAGCGCGGCGGCGGAGCUGGGGCAGCAGGGGAUACGGGUGAACUGCAUCUCGCCCUUCGCGUACGCCACGGCGCUGGCCUGCGACUUCAUCCACAUGGACGCCGAGCGCUUGGAGGAGUGGAUCGGCGGGGUCAGCAACCUCAAGGGACCGGUGCUGAGGGCGGAGGACGUGGCACACGCCGCAGUCUACCUGGGGAGCGACGAGUCCGGGUAUGUAAGCGGCCACAACUUCGUCAUCGACGGCGGCUUCACCACCGCGAACAAUGCCUUUGGUCUAUUCAAGUAGUGACGCCGGUUCUGUCCGGUCUUCAGUAGAACGGUGUGUGUCGGCAAUCGCUUCUGUUCAUCGGUACUGAACGUUUCUAUCAGAAUAAAAGAUGGGACCUCUCUCGUUGAUCUGCGGUCCCGCAAAUAAUUAUUACCCAUUCAA